AUGUCGGCGGUGGGAGCGGGCGCGGGCGUGGAGGCGGGCUUCUCCAGCGAGGAGCUGCUGUCGCUCCGCUUCCCGCUGCACCGCGCCUGCCGCGACGGGGACCUGGCCACGCUCUGCUCGCUGCUGCAGCAGACGCCGCGCGCCCAUCUGGCCGCCGAGGACUCCUUCUACGGCUGGACGCCGGUGCACUGGGCCGCGCACUUCGGCAAGUUGGAAUGCUUGAUACAGUUGGUGAGAGCCGGAGCCACCCUGGACAUCUCCACCACCCGUUACGCACAGACCCCAGCCCACAUCGCUGCUUUUGGGGGACACCCUCAGUGCCUCGUCUGGUUGAUCCAAGCAGGAGCCAGCAUUAACAAACCGGACUGUGAGGGCGAGACUCCUAUUCACAAGGCGGCUCGCUCUGGGAGCCUGGACUGCAUUAGUGCCCUGGUGGCUAACGGGGCUCAAGUCGACCUGAGAAAUGCCAGUGGCCUGACGGCAGCAGACAUUGCUCAAACCCAGGGUUUCCAAGAGUGUACCCAGUUUCUCUUGAACCUCCAGAAUUGUCAUCUGACUCGUUUCUGUCACAAUGGCACCUUAAACGGAGGCCAUCUGAGUGUAUUUCCCAAUCACGUUAGUGUGGGAACAAACCGCAAGAGAUGCUUGGAAGACGCGGAACCCUUUGGAGUGAAGAAAGCUAGAACCGCAGCCCACAGUCCGGAUGAGUCCAUGCCGCUUGCAAGUGGUGAGGUGGAAGACGACCCCGACAAGAUGCACGUGGACAGAGACCUUGUCACAGAUAUGAAAAACAGUAGCUCCGUAUCGAAUACACUGACAAAUGGAUGUGUCGCCAAUGGACACUUGGACUUCCCCUCCACGGCCCAGCCCGGUGGGAUGGAGAGCAGGAGUGGCCAGUGCUCGGCAGGACUUAACGGAGUAGGCACUGGCCCGGUUCCAGGGCCGCCUUUCCGGAGCAGCCAGGCGCCCCCCGGCGCUCCCGGGCCUGAGGAGCCGGAAAGGAGCGCGCGCGUCAGCCCGGAGACGUGCGGCUCUCUGCACCUCAGCGGCAGCCCGAGCAGCUGCGUGGCCAGCAGGCCGUCCUGGGCGGAGGAGAGUCUGCAGUACGGACACUACCACGGCUUCGGGGACACGGCCGAGAGCAUCCCCGAGCUCAGCAGUGUGCUGGAGCACGCCAGCUCCGUCAGGGUGGAGCAGGGCUACCACAGCGCCGUGCUGGGCGCCGUGCACCUGUCCCACGGCUCGUAG